GGCCUUGGCUCUCUGUUCUCUGGUCCUGACCUCUCUGGGAUAUCGGACCAGCCCCUCACGGUGACCGGCAUCCGGCACGCCAGCACAAUAGAACUCAGUGAAGAAGGUGUCGAGGCCUCGGCCACCACCGUUGUAACCUCCAUGCGCUCAGUCUCCAUGUUCUCUGUAAACUCCCCUUUUCUUUUUGCUCUCGUCGAUGACGCCUCCUUGACCCCCCUCUUCAUGGGCAUCGUCACAAACCCUGCCCCCGACAACCCCAUGCUGAAUGAUGAGUCCCACAACAAGCAGUCAUACAAACCCAUCUCUGGUAAUGGGAAUGGUACUAUAGACUUCCCUGAGUUUUGAACUGUGUAAAGUUAAAGAAAAGAUUUUAUUUUGGGAAAACAAACAAUUUAGAUUUGCUUACAGUAAGGGACUGGAAAUCAAUAUACAUGUAAAAGCACUUCUAAAGUUCAUUAAUUAUACUUCAUGUCUUAUUUGUUUCAUCCUAACUCCUCUGUAAAGCAAAAUUAGCUUAUUUUCAAAAGUGUCAGUCAUUUUCCCUUUAAAGCAGAUUUAAGGCCCUUUCACGCUGGAAGCAGCACAUGCAGCGCUGUGCUCUGAAACACAUUCAGUUCUAUUGUUUGCACUGCACAAUAACGGUUUCCUGCUGUGCCAAGGAAAGCGCCAGCGCGGCAGCGUGAGUACACGUGCAUGGUCAAAGUUCAAAGUUGAACUUUUCUAGGUAGCGGUGAGUGCGGUGCAUACCGCAUCUGAUAUGAAAGUGCACUUAGAAUUACAGCAGAGGAAGCGCCUGGUGUUCACAAGUUAUUGUAGAUUAACAAAAAAUACAGAUGCAGGAAUCGGUUGUUCCAAAAAGUUCAUGCAAAAACUUUUAACAAUGACAUUUUAAAACAUUUUAGGUUUCUGAUGAAGUGUUCAGUGACUGCUGGUGCAUUUCAGAGCUUCACACACAAAUUCAUAAAAGUUGUUUGAUACAAAAAAAAAAACGUUUUCCACAAAAUUGUGCAUCAUGAAUGUUGUUUUCUUACAGAAGUUUCAUUUUUAGUGUGUUGAUUUUAUUUUAAGAGAUGAAGUGGAAUAAACAAAAAAGCUAACACACCUGUUACACAGUAAAAAUUACCCACACACACCCAGAAUGUAUAAUUCACAUUUUAUCAUGAAAUAACCUACAGAUGAUUUUUUGUACAAUGCCUGUAUGCUGCAGGUUUCAAAGUUUUAAUGUACUUGGUUCUUUACCAGCCACUUUCUGUGUAUGCAGCUUUGAACUGACCUGAAAGAAUGAAUGUUGGCAUAGUUUCAAAAUCUG